AUGAGGAAGGAAUUGAAAUACAUAUUAUAUGGCCACGCCGCUGUGAUAUUGUUUUUGUUCUAUUUGAGUUUUGAUCUCAUUAGUCUCAUUUUUGAUGAUUCAUUCGCUGAUGCCUUGCUUGACAUCGAGUUGAAUCCUGUCGAUGGGAAACUAGAUAAGAGUCCCAUCAUCCCAAAAAUCAUCCACCAGACUUACAAGACCGAAGAAAUUCCUGAACCAUGGCAACCUGGCCAGCAAGCUUGUGUCGACUUACAUCCAGACUACCAAUAUAUUCUCUGGACUGAUGAAAUGGCAAGGGAUUUCAUUGCCGAGGAGUAUCCUUGGUUCUUGAAGACGUGGGAUGCUUAUCCCUAUCCUAUCCAAAGAGCUGAUGCAAUUCGUUACUUUGCUCUUGCUCACUAUGGUGGAAUUUACAUUGAUUUAGAUGAUGGUUGUAUGAGGACUUUGGACCCACUUCUAACUGUUCCCGCCUUUGUUCGUGAGACAGCACCUACUGGAAUUUCUAAUGAUGUGAUGGGCUCUGUCCCAGGCCACCUCUUCUUCCUUAAGGUUAUUGACAAUUUGAAGAAGUAUCAGCGCAACUGGUUGGUGCCAUAUAUCACCAUAAUGUUCUCGACCGGUCCGUUGUUCUUAUCUGUUAUGUUGAUUCAGUAUAAGCGUAAAGGGGUUCCUGAGGCGGGAAAGGUUAGAAUUCUUUUGCCUGACGACUACAAGACUCACGAAAAUUCUUUUUUUUCUAUUGCCCCUGGCUCUUCGUGGCACUUGGAUGACGCCAAGUUAAUCAAGUCGUUGGCAAACCACAUCGGAUUGGCUGUAUUUGGAGGGUUUGUGAUCGCUGGCCUUGUGUUCUUACUAGAGUGGUGGUUCUACCAGUGGUGUAUUCGUACAAACUUUACAAAGUUUUUUGACCGUUUGGCCACCAAGUUGAGAUUGAAGACUUAUACCAAGAAGAGAUCCAGAAAGGAUUCGAACAUUCCUGUCAAUAUCGAUUUUGAGAAUGAAGAAGCAGUCUAG